AUGAUGGAUCCAUAUCCACCACCAGUCUAUGUUAUUCCUGGAAUGAAAGUGGGAUGUAUGCCAUAUGAUGCAUUCCUUGGUAGUAACCUCGAAUGUUUUUUUUCGGCUACAUGUCUCAAUAAUACAGCCAGAUGGAUUUCAAGUCUACCUGCUAGUGAUUGGCCUAAGCCAUUAAAUAGUUCAGCCAUGUUGAAUUUCUUACCAAAUACUUCAACUCUGUCCAUUGUUGAUCAAUUUUUAAUCGAUCAUUGGAAUAUUAUAAAGAAUUUCUCUAGUUAUUUCACUUUUUGUGCACCGACUGAAUGUACUUAUAAGGUGGAACAAUACAAUAGUUUCAUCUAUGCACUAACUUUACUCAUUGGUUGUUGUGGAGGUCUCAUUGUUGGUCUUCGUGUCGUAGCACCAUUAAUUGUCAAGUUUAGUCAACAUAUACAUGGAUGGUUUCUUCGAAAAACACAAAUGAAGAUUCAUCCUACAGAAACACAACAAGGUAUUACCAAAAAAUGA